GUUAUUGUUAUUAUUGUUGGAGUUUUGCUUCCUUAUUCACAUACUUUACCUACCUAUCCUAUCCUAUCCUAUCCUAUCCUAUCCCACCUCCUCAGCACUCUUUACUUCUCCCCCUCUCAAAAAACCAACAAACAAAAACCAUGCAGUCCCCCUUCCACCACCUCCUCCUCCUCUUCUUCCUCCCCCUAAUCCCCGCCCUCUCACCCACUCGCACCACCAUACUUACUCACCAGCUCAAGACCCGCGCCAUCAGCGAAUGUCCCACCGACCACUGGCGACCCCUCACGCCCUACCGCUCAACCGCCUUCCCAGAGCCGUGGUGGUUCCUGCCCGAAUCCGACGAGGCGAACCAGGAUCAUUGGGAAGUGACGCAUCCCACGCUCCCCGUCGAGGUGCGGAUUCCGGACCCGCUGCUGCCCACCAAGAAUGAGACUGUGAGGGCCUUGUAUCGCAAGGCUUUGUUGCUUUUUGCUUAUGAUGAGAAGAAGAGUGUAUGUAUCUCCCCCCUGGCAUUCUUUUCGUCAUCAGAAGUGGAAGUGGAAAACCUUUGGUGAUGCAUACAUGCAUGUAUGAGAGAUAGGAGCGGGCUUUUAUGAUUUGCUAAAAUGUUCAUGUUGGGAAAAAUAUAGGGAGAGCAAAUCGAGAGAGAAUGCGAAAAGCGCAUACAAGACAUGAAUAAAUUCGAUAUCAUGUGUCGCUGCGUCCAUAUGUGGUGGUGGCAAUGCAGCCAGGUAGGCGCCGAUGUCUGGAUGCGCACUUUUAAUAAAAGGCUUUAUCUGCGCCGAUAUCAUAAUUUGAAG